AUGGCGCUGCGGCCAGGAUCAGGUGGAGGCAGCAGUUUUAUGUAUCCUGUUGGAGGGGGCCUGGGACCGCCGCAAGGCAUGGCGCCCAUGCAGCAGCAACAGCAGGGCUACCCCAUGGUUCAGGUGAUGCAGCCUAAUAUGCAGGGCAUGAUGGGAAUGAACUUUGGUGGGCAGAUGCCUCCAGGUGCCAUGCCGAUGCAGGGCGGGAUGGCUAUCGGGAUGCAGACCCCCGGGAUGCAGUUCUUGGGCCAGCCACAGUUUAUGGGUAUGAGACCUGCCGCACCCCAGUAUACUGCGGACAUGCAGAAACAAAUGGCUGAAGAGCACCAAAAACGUCUGGAGCAGCAGCAGAAGAUGCUGGAGGAAGACAGGAAAAGAAGACAAUUUGAGGAACAAAAACAGAAGCUGAGGCUGCUCAGUAGUGUCAAACCGAAGACAGGAGAGAAGAGCCGGGAUGAUGCUUUGGAGGCAAUCAAAGGCAACCUGGACGGUUUCAGCAGAGAUGCGAAGAUGCACCCAACUCCAUCAUCACAGACCAAGAACCCAGACUCAUCGCCAUCACACCCGUCUGUCACCUCUCACUCCCUCCCCGCAGCUUUAACAGAAGACAAUGAUGAGUUUAGUGACUUUCAGGGGCCUUUAGAUGCUCCUGCCUCCCUCCCUUCCUCCUCCUCCUCCUCCUCCACCACUUCCUCCACCUUCGGGCUCUCCUCUUAUUCCCACGUCCAACCUCCCUCUUCCUCUACUAAGACAGGUUUCACUGUGGACGAUGACGAGUUUAGUGACUUUGUUCAGGGUCCUGCAAAUGCCUUCCCUUCCAUAAACUCCCACCUCUCCUCUCAGGCCAAAGUCCAACCAUCACCCCCUUCCUCCUCGUCCUCCAUCCCCCAGUCCCUCCCUGCCACUGUGUCCAUUCACACUGCCACCCAACACUCUGCUGUCAACAGCACCAGCUCCCAACCUACAUUUCAAGGCCCGUCCUUGGAAGAGAAGCUAUUCUCCUCAUGUGAUCUUACGGGUGAUAAGACGGCCCACGUUAGCUUUAAAUCCAAGCAGAGUAUGGCUGAAAUGGGUCCUAGAACUAAAGUUUCAGCCCAGUUUCAGUCCAGCACUAAAGCCAGGAACUGGGCUGCAGCCUCUGGGGACUUGAGUUCUGUCUUCGUCGCAGAAAGGCCACCCGUGGCUCCGGUUUCAGCACCCAACACCCCCCCAUCAGCCGCUGACUCAUCCCCUCAAACCAGUAGUGACAGUGCGGGUGUUGGCGUUUACCCACAACAAGAGCACAUUCAGCCCAUGCUGCCAGCCUGGGUUUACAACGACAGCCUUGUCCCAGAAAUGUUCAAGAAGGUUCUUGAAAUCACCAUGACCCCAGCAGGGAUAGACACAGCCAAGCUCUACCCAAUAUUAAUGUCAUCAGGUCUUCCCAGGGAAGCUCUGGGUCAAAUCUGGGCAACGGCCAACCGCACAACACCUGGCAUGCUGACCAAGGAGGAGCUCUACACUGUACUUUCACUAAUUGGUGUGGCGCAGAGUGGCCUCCCAGCAAUGAAUGUGGAAAUCCUCAGUCAGUUCCCUUCUCCACCAGUGCCCAACCUUCCUGCCCUGGCUAUGGCCAUGGUUCCUGUCAUGCCCCAGCACCCGCAGCCCUUGAUGACCCAGCCCCCUGUCUCCAUGGCCAUGCCCACGCCUGCACCACCAGUCAUGGCAAUGACACCCGCAGCAUCGGCUCAAGCACCCACAAACACUAACUUCAUUGCCAGUUUCCCUCCUGCACAGGCAACCAAAACCGAUGACGAUGAUUUUCAGGACUUCCAGGAGGCUCCAAAGCCAGGAGUAGGAGACCAGGCCUUCACUGAGUUCCAGGGGGAUUCUAGUGCAAGUUUUCCCACCAGCAUAGCAUCACAACACCAAAACAGUGCACCUACCAUGCUGACUCCAGUGUCUGGUUCCUCCUCUGUCUCCGUCACAUCCUCUGAUAAGUACGCUGUCUUCAAGCAGCUGUCUGUGGAUCAGCCUGCAGAGCCUACACCCCCUCCCUCAGAUAUUGGAGACAAAUACAGUGUGUUCAGACAACUUGAGCAACCAGCUGACAAGAAACCAGUCGGGGAAGGAUUUGCAGAUUUCAAGUCUGUCAGCGCUGAUGAUGGCUUCACAGACUUUAAAACCGCCGACAGCGUCUCUCCACUAGACCCCUCCGAACAAGCCAAGAUCUUUCAGCCUGCCUUCCCUUCUGCUUUCCCCAAUUCUCAGUCUCUACAACAAUUACCACAACAGCAGCAACAGCCAGCAGUAUCUCUUUCUCAGCCCAAAAACCCUCUCAACAUGGCAGACCUGGACCUUUUCUCUUCUAUAGCUCCCUCUGUUCCCGCCCCUGCUGAGACAAAACCUAGCACCUUCCCCUCUGUUUCUGUGCCCCCCUCGCUAGUCCUUUUACCAUGUGGAACGAAGCCCCCAGGGGGAGGGGCAGAUGACUUUGGUGACUUUGCCCUCUUCGGCUCCUCUUCUGAUGCUGCUCCGCCUUCAGCAGCUGGAGGAGCUGUGGCAGCGCCGCAGGACGACUUCGCUGACUUCAUGGCGUUUGGCAGUUCUGGUGGCGAGCCUAAAUGUGAGAGCAGUGUGGGGGUUCAAGGCGAGACCUCCGCUCAGCAGCGACCUCAGCAGAGCUCAGACAAAUAUGACGUGUUCAAACAGCUGUCUCUGGAGGGAGGCCUGGCCUACGAUGACACCAAGGAGAGCGGUGGAGGCUCCUUCUCUUCUCUCAAGAGUGACCCAGACGACUUUGCCGACUUCCAGUCCUCAAAAUUCUGCACAGCGCUCGGUGCCUCAGAAAAGACCCUGGUAGACAAGGUGGCUGCUUUUAAACAGGCCAAGGAGGACUCCGCCUCUGUCAAGUCCCUCGACCUCCCGUCCAUCGGGGGGAGCAGUGUGGGAAAAGAAGACUCGGAGGAUGCACUGUCAGUGCAGCUGGACAUGAAGCUGUCGGACAUGGGCGGAGACCUGAAGCACGUGAUGUCGGACAGCUCUCUGGACUUGCCGGGUCUCUCGGCCCACCAGCCCCCCGCUACAGAAGGAGACGACUUGAAAUUUGACCCCUUUGGGACAUCGGCCCUCAGCACCCUGACCAGCUAUGAUUGGUCAGACCGGGAGGAAACUCUUCCCACUGAGGUCAGAAAGCUGCAGUGCCUGGAAGGGGCAGCCCCUCCAUCUUUAGUCCUGACACAGAGGAGGGAGCUGACCUUUGGCAGCACUGAAAACAUCACAAGCACCUCAGUAGCAAAGAUCACCACCUCAUUCCCUGCCGAGGAUGCCUCAUCUACAGAUGACAAGUUUGAAGCCUUUGCUGACUUUGGCUCCAGUGACCAGGGCCGUGUUGAUGACGAGGACGACUUUGGGGACUUUGCAAGUACUGUUUCUGAGAAGUCUGACUCACCCGCCACCACUGCUGAGGCGGGCUCUGAGGGCAACCAAAAUGAAGCUCCUGAUGAGUUUGGUGCCUUUCAGGGAGACAAGCCAAAGUUUGGCAAGUCUGACUUCCUCAAGGCCAGUGCUCAGCCCAAAGUCAAGUCCAGUGAGGAGAUGAUUAAGAAUGAACUGGCAACCUUUGACUUGUCUGUUCAAGGCUCACAUAAACGCAGUCACAGUUUGGGCGAGAAGGAGAUCGGGCGUUCGCCCCCGUCUCCGGCUCCAGAGCAGCCCUUCAGGGACCGAUCCAGCACCCUGAGUGAGAAGCCCACCUUGCCUGUCAUCAGGGACAAAUACAAGGAUCUGACUGGGGAAGUGGAGGAGAGUGAGCGCUACGCAUAUGAAUGGCAGAGGUGUCUGGAAAGUGCUCUGGAGGUAAUCACCAAAGCCAACAACACCCUAAAUAGCAUCAGCAGCUCCUCUGUCUGCACUGAGGUCAUCCAGUCUGCUCAGGGCAUGGAGUACCUGCUGGGUGUGGUGGAAGUGUAUCGUGUCACAAGGCGUGUGGAGCUGGGCAUCAAAGCAACAGCUGUGUGCUCUGAGAAGCUGCAGCAGCUGCUGAAGGACAUCAGCCGCGUGUGGAACAACCUUAUGGGCUUUAUGUCACUGGCCAAGCUUGCGCCUGAUGAAAGCUCCCUAGAUUUCUCCUCCUGUAUUCUGAGGCACGGCAUCAAGAAUGCCAAAGAGUUGGCUUGUGGGGUGUGUCUACUCAACGUCGAUGCUCGCAGCAAGAACAAAGAAGAAAGCAGUUUUGGACGUCUGUUUAAACGAGCCUUCAACUCGGAGACGGACAACUUCAAGCUGCUUUACGGAGGCCACCAGUACCACGCCAGCUGUGCCAAUUUCUGGAUUAACUGUGUGGAGCCUAAACCCCCAGGCCUCAUACUGCCUGACCUGCUCUGAGCUUUUUGGCUACGGCUGCCAUGGCAACGGGGCAGGGGCUAAUCAACCUCAGAUAGGUGGAGGGGCCAGACAACUGGCACUGCACAGGCUCUCACCUUGGGCUGAGAGCGACAGAACAAUGUUUAAAGUCACCGAAUCCCUCUGUAUUUAUUAAUUAGUUUUUGUACUCUGAAAAUCUCCCUCUGUCAUGAUCCUGUGUUCAUGUGCAGAUUUAGUAGCUUGUUCAAAUUUAAAGCCUUUCUCUAAAUACUUAUCUGCUGUAUUAUUAUUAUUAUUAUCAUUUUUGUUAUUCCUGGUUAACUACCUAAAACAUAUAGGUCAGCUGUACAGGUCAUAUUUGAAUCUAUUACUAAUGAUGCUUUUAAGAAAUCAUUUUCACUGCAGAAAAAAGGUGAAUAUUGCAACAUAAUCACUCGUCAGUGACUGUAUUUAAAUUAUUCGGAGUGCAAUAUUAUUCAAAACACUGGCAAAGGAAGUCUGUAAACAUGUUGACUUUUUAAUAUCACUUGUUGCUUUGCUCCCAUUUGAGAGGAAUUUUAUUCAUCAUUCCCUUUUUUGUUCUACUGAACCUGAGCUGUUGAAUCAUAAGCCUAUUGUUGUACUUGAAUUACGUCUGAUCAAAACUCUGUGGCUGUUAUGGUUUUAAUAUCUUUUUGAAAGUCUUUCACACUCAAACUGUCACUUCUGGGCUGGAAGGCGAGGGGUCUACCUUUUUAUGAAUUGUGUUGAAAUAACUGCUUUGAAUGUCUUGCACUGUGUUGGAGGAGAUUUCAGCACCUCUUUGGGUAUUUAAAUUGUGUAUUUUAUAGGAAAAGAGUUGUGAUUUUGGGGACCUGAAGGGAAACUUUUGUUUUUCUGUUUUUUGUGUUGUGUGCAAUUACAUCUGAAAGUCUGGAAGAAGUCGACUGUGAUCUGAACUAAAAUUGCAGCAGCACUUUUUGUAUAUUACAGUGUCGUGCAGUAGCAUAAUUAUGACUAACUGUAAUGUUAAUGUGAUGUAAAUAAAUGAGUAUGCAUACUGUUCA